UCCUCUUUCCUGUGAACAACACCUGUGCUUUCCACAUAGGCCCAAAGGACUUCACUCUGGUCUACUUCAGGUGGAACAAAUCAGCUUUAUAUUAUAGGACUCUGCAUAAGGUUUCUUCUGGGGAGAGGGGAGUAACAAUUCUAAAAAUAGUUAAGCAUGAAAACUCCUAGGAAGACUUAUUCCAGCCCUGAUGGCCCAGAUGAACUCACCAGGGAUGCUGCUCUUUCUCAGGGAGGACCCCAAAGAUGACUUCUUUGAUGUGGGAAUAAGAAAAAGGGUUUGUUAGUUAAUCGUCUAUGAAGCAUCCGGGCCUCCAAAAUUCCAACCCCACUGUAGUCUCCAGGCAUAGCUGAUCCUCCUGGGAGCUAAGAGCUAAAGCCAGUGUACUGGCCCUACUGCCUCCAAACUUAGGGAUCAUCAUGCCUUGCUUGGAUAAAGCCAGGGUGAGAUUGGGAUGUCCUAAGGGGUUAGUACCUGUGUCCAUCUUUCUAGGACCACUCAGCCAAGGGCUUGAGAGGGUGGAGCAUUCUUUUGGUCUGUGGGGCUUAUAGGCUUCCAGUUUAUGGUCCAGCACUGCCCAGAGCCCAGGGGACCCGCUCUCCAUCGGGACCAUCGUCCCAUUCUCCUAUGGCCGCAGUCUUCUCGACUCCCGAAGUGCAGAGAAGGCUGCACUGAGAAAACAGGGCUGAGGAGCCCAUGCCCGGCGCGCCUCGAGCCAGCUCUGGCUUGGGACCGUAACGCCCUGUCUUGCUCCAGAAAAGGGCCCGCCCGGCGGCAUAGCUGCUCUCCGUCCCGAUCCAGCGCUGCGCUCUUACAGUACCGGCAGAGUUUUUCGGGAGCCGCCUAAAAGUUACCGCUAGCCGGUUCCGGCCCGCACUCCGCCCCAUGAUUCUCUACGGUCGCCAGGGUGUUAGGCCCCGCCCCUUGAGGGUUUGUCCAAUCCAGGCCCAACCUUCAUGCUCCGCCUCCAUGUUCCUUGCGGCCACUUCCGGUACGCUCCCGGAAGUCGCGCAGUGGAGCCAAAUUUGAAGUGAGCAGAAACGCGGGGGCGCGGCCACGAAGCCUGACCGGUUGCGGUUUUCUUGGCUACCUGGGCCCCUUGAGAACGGUCAUCAUGCCUAUCCGUGCGCUGUGCACCAUCUGCUCCGACUUCUUCGACCAUUCCCGCGACGUAGCCGCCAUCCAUUGCGGCCACACCUUCCACCUGCAGUGCCUAAUUCAGUGGUUCGAGACAGCACCAAGUCGGACCUGCCCACAGUGCCGAAUCCAGGUUGGCAAAAGAACCAUUAUCAAUAAGCUCUUCUUUGACUUUGCCCAGGAGGAAGAGAGUGUCUUAGAUGCGGAAUUCUUAAAGAAUGAACUGGAUAAUACCAGAGCCCAGCUUUCCCAGAAAGAAAAGGAGAAACGAGACAGCCAGGUCAUCAUCGACACUCUGCGGGACACACUGGAAGAGCGCAAUGCCACUGUGGAAUCUCUGCAGAGCGCCUUAGACAAGGCCGAGAUGCUGUGUUCCACCCUCAAGCAGAUGAAGUACUUGGAGCAGCAGCAGGAUGAGACCAAACAAGCACGGGAGGAGGCCCGCCGACUCAGGAGCAAGAUGAAGACCAUGGAGCAGAUUGAGCUCCUACUUCAGAGCCAGCGGCCCGAGGUGGAGGAGAUGAUCCGAGACAUGGGUGUGGGACAGUCAGCGGUGGAGCAGCUGGCUGUGUACUGCGUGUCCCUUAAGAAAGAGUACGAGAAUCUAAAAGAGGCUCGGAAAGCCUCAGGGGAGCUAGCUGACAAGCUGAAGAAGGACUUGUUUUCUUCCAGAAGCAAGUUGCAGACAGUCUACUCUGAACUAGACCAGGCCAAGUUGGAGCUGAGGUCGGCCCAGAAGGACUUACAGAGUGCUGACAAGGAAAUCGCGAGUCUGAAAAAAAAGCUAGCAAUGCUGCAGGAAACCCUGAACUUGCCACCAGUGGACAACGAGACUGUCAACCGCCUGGUUUUAGAGAGCCCAGCUCCUGUGGAGAUGCUGAACUUGAAGCUUCGCCGGCCAGCUUUCAGUGAUGAUAUUGACCUCAAUGCCACUUUUGAUGUGGACACGCCCCCAGCCCGGCCUUCUGGCAUGCACACCAAGAAGCUCUGCCAAGAGAACGCACACUCUCCCAUUAAGGACAUUCCCAAGAAGAUGCCCAAAGGCCCCAAGCAGGAGUCCCAGCUCUCACUGGGUGGCCAGCGCUGUGUGGGUGAGCCAGAUGAGGAGCUGGCUGGUGCCUUCCCUGUCUUCAUCCGGAAUGCUGUCCUGGGCCAGAAACAGCUCAAGAGGGCCAGGGCAGAGCCCUGUCGCAGCACAGAUGCAGUAAGGACAGGCUUCGAUGGGCUUGGAGGCCGGACAAAAUUCAUCCAGCCUACUGACACGACUAUGAUCCGACCACUGCCCGUUAAACCCAAGGCCAAGGCUAAGCAGAGAAUGGGGGCAAGGACAGUGCUCCCUCCCUCCCAGGCCAAGCUAGACACUUUCCUGUGGUAGUGAGAACAGUGAGUCUGAUCAAUGGCCAGAUACAUGCCUCUGACUUGUAAGCCAAGGACUGGCGACUGGCUCAUCAGGGAGUUUUGGAGGCAUGGCCCCUCUUCCAGGACCAGCCCUGAGGGCAAGGGGAGACAAGAAAAUGGGGUAAGGGUGAGGCCCAGAGACUGCUUCUUCUGCGCUCACUCUGCCUCACCCCCGCCAUACUGGGCCUACCUGUGGGAGUUAAUGUGACUAGCUCACUGUUCCUGCCAGCAGGACAUGCUCCUUGUUCCAGACUCCCAUUUAUAACCAUGAUCAGAUGUGGCUGGGCUGUUUCUGGUUCUCCAGACCAGGGUCUUUUGUUGACUGUAUGGACCAAAGUGCUUGAGGCUUCCCAGGCAGCUUCAGCCUGCCCAAGCUUCUGCUGGCCUCUGACUUGCUGCUGGGCGUGGCCUGAGCCAAGCAGGAUGGGGAAUAGGGGAUGGUGGUAGGGAGAGAGUUGGGGGAAGAUUUCUAUGUAAAAUAAAAAAGAUAGAAUCUCUUCUUCCUGGUUCUGGGCUUGUAAAUUUGAACCAACACUUUGGAAAACUGUUUGGCAUGACUUUCUAAAGCGGAACCUUCAC